GUGGAGGUGGAGGUGGUGGGGACGGGGUUGGGGGUGAUCUUGCGUCCUCGUGGGGCACCUCCAUGUAUGUGCCCUGUCUGGGGAACGCCAGCAGGAGCCCCCUUGUGGCCACGGCUCUCGCCGAGGGCACAAUUAGCAGCCCCGGCACCGCCUACCCCCACCACCAGGACAAAGCCAAGGUGCCAUUGCCAGUCGGCGCUGGCCCUGCGCCCGGGCCUGUGGGCGUCUCCUUGCCAUCGCCUCUGAGUGUCAAGCAGCUGCUGCUGGAUAAACGCAGGCAGGCGGCUUAUUACGCCACUGAGCGGGAGCGGGCCAGGUGUGGUGGCGGUGGUCCAGGUACUGGCAGUGGCACUGGCAGCCCCAAGGUGCUCACACCUGUGGCGGUGCGGCACCAGUUGUUGGUGGGCGUUGGUGCUAACCGGUCCUGCCCACAGGCCCUGAGCCCGAUGAGGCUGGCUGUGCCCAAGCCAAUGUACGGCCAUACCAGCAGCAGCAGCAGCAGCGGCAGCACAGUCUGCUGCUCAGAUGCCCGCUGCACGGCGGGGCGCUGCUACGGCACGGAGCCGCCACCGCCGGGGAUCAUGCGCCGUACGCCCACGCACCUGUACGAGGAGGAGUGGCUGAUGGGGUACAGGAAGGACCUGGAGAUGGUCACAGAGCUGAGGAGUCUGUAUCCAGAGCUUGUUGCUAAGGACCCGUCGCCAGGGAAGGAGGCCACCGCGGAGGAGUACUGCGGUAUGGACGGUAAGGACGCACACUUGAAAAGGAGAGCGUCGCCUUAUGGUGAAAUCACCCACAGCAACGGUUACGCAUGCAGUUCACCAGGCGGCGCGACGUUCAUUAGCGUCCCCCCAGAGCCCUGCCAGAGACUACAGUUCCCGUCUACUAGAGACUAUCCUGGCUUUCUUCCUGCUGCCCAUCCUCGGCUGUAUGGUCCGCAUGCAGAGCUUGUUCAGUGCGGGGUUCCCCGCAAGGUGUACCCGGGAUAUUCUUACCUGCCCAAGUACCUACACGUCCCUCGGCAUGUGAGAGCCUACUAUUCUCAGAGCCACGUUGAGGCAGAGAAGGCCUGUGCAAUUGCCAGAGACGUUUACAGCAACGCGUCCCCGUCAUCUCCAUCCCCCACAGCCUCGCCUGCCCACUGCUCCCCCUCGCCACUGUUUCGCCCUGCUCUGACCAGCACCCCCGGCCCCGGCCCCAGUCCUAUUCCCAACCCCACCACGCCCUCUCACCUGCGCCUCCCCCGCCAUCACCUGCCUCUCAGGGGCGUCGUCCCCCCCCACCACCAUCAGCAUGGCUUUCGCCCUUAUCACCCACGCUUCAAUGCCGGACACCCGAAACCUGCGUCUGUGAGACCUGCCCCGUUGCCCUAUGGUCACCUGCUCCACCAGACUGCAGAGAAGCCGCUGGAUUACUCCCUGAGUGGCGUGCGGCCGCCUUGGGGGCCGGGGCAGGUCCCGUUCCCUUACAGGCUGCCUGAGGUGGGGCAGAGCCCAAGCAGGCCGAUCAGAUUCAGACCAGAACUGAGGAGUCCACAGGGGAAGGGGAAUAUACCACCCCAAGCUAUAGCCCCUCUAGGUCACACUAUGGACUUUAACGGGGAGUGCGGUGUCACAGAUAAAGUCCUCUCUGCUGUCACUCCAGAGAAGAGGGCACAUCGAAGGGACUCGGCUGGUCAGUCCAGCCGUAAAAGAAGCCUGGACACAAGGGACGGCUACAAAAAGGAAGAUGUUACUGUUGUUGACGACGACGACGUGUUUGAAGUUGAGGUGACGAACAAGAAGCGAAAGGUGGACCUGGACAGCCUCAAAGGAGAAGCUUCUUCACCCCAUCCAAAGGUGUCUCCACCCAUGCCUGUCAUCAACCAGGUGUUUAGCCUGGCACCUUACAAACUCUACCUGGAGGCGGCUGGCGUGUUGUUGCCCUCUGCUAAACGGACCAGGAGCAACGAUGGUGGCACUCAGCAGUCUGCUAGCCCAAGCCCAAAGGUCAAAUACAGUCCUGAGAGGAAUCCGAAUCAGAAAUCCAAACGCUGUCACUCACUCGAUUCAAGGUCGAAGAGGGCAGAUGUAGUGAGCGUAAAACCACAGAGUGUUGACUUUCCAAAGAAGAAAGAGGAGACUGAGGAAGCGAGUCCAGAUAGAAAGUUUAAGCGCGAGCUUGAGCUUGCACUCGCCUCAUCAAAUGUAAUUGAAUUAAAGUUUCCAUCGGACACUCUGGAGAGGAAGGUAAAAAGCUGCUCAGAGACCGCUGUAGCCAGUGCGCCUAUGUAUAAAGUUGAGGGCACAUCGGAGCAUGGCACAGAGUCCACCAACAACAGAGAACGCCCUAAAAAUACUCCAAAUGCUUCAGCGCAUCUGUUCAACAUUGCACCAGCACCCUCGGUUGUGGUGGCCCCUGUAGCGCUCCCUGCGAAGAAGCAAGAGAUGCAACCGGCUCCACUCCAAAAUCCGGUCCGCGUUCAGAACCUGCAGAACAUUCCACCUCAGUGUCUCAAACUCACCACCUACAACAUCGUGCUCCCUGAUAUUCUGCGGAAACCGGUGCCAAUCUUAAACCAGAGCACGAACCCAAGUCUUCAACUCCAGAACCUGAAGCCAAAUGCACACAUUCCGAACCCAAACCCAAAUGCACACCUCCAGAACUCUGAGGUUUUGUGUAAAACGAUUCCAAUCCUCAACCAGAACACAAGCCCAAACCAAAGUCCGAACUCAAAUCCAUACCUCCAGAACCUGAACCCAAACCCGCACCUCCAGAAACCACCCAUGCUCCUCGCUACCCCUCUGUCUUCAACCGAGCAGCAGACAAACACACAGGCUGCGACGGCAGAGGCCUCUCAGUCCAGGCAGGCCCGACACCAGUUCAUGGAGAUGCACCAGGCCCUGUGUAAGCUCCUCUACACUUCCGCCUCGGAGGAAUCUCCGCAGGUCCUCCGCGACUGGCUGUGCAGCAUGGAGCUGACCAAGACCACCUUCCCGCCCGAUAAGCACCAGCGUGUGGCCUGCCUGGUGGGCGCCAGGGCCCGGGAGGUAUGGACGCGCGCCCGCGACUUGCACCUUCUCCUGCAGCGGCUCCUGGCCAUGCUGAAGGGCUACCAUGCGCGCAGCACGUGCCCGUUCCCACAUGUGACGCGGGCCGGUGGGGGCAUCUUUGUGCCCAUGCUGGUGCUGAAGGAGGGCCUGUUCCCGCAGGUCCAGGGCACGCACAUAGACCAGGUGUUGCAGGAGCACCGCGUGGAACUGCGGCCCACCACCCUGUCCGAGGAGAAGCUGCUGACGCAGGUGCAGCGGCGGUCCUUCUCGUCCAAGCUGCGCAGGCUCCUGUCACUCCGCCACCUGCCCGAGGUCUACGCCGACGUGCUCAACCUGUUCUAUUACACCUGUGUCUGCAAAGUGCUCGAUUCGGUAUCCCAUUGUGCUGACAAAAAGACCCCUCAGGGCUUUAACAGACGUUUCUGUUCUUCAGCAGAUGUAGCCACUGAUGUGCCAGUCAUUUCCGACGUGGAGGGACUCUCGGCGGAACCAGACGUCUUUGGGAACUCUCCGUAUUACUGCUGUUCUGCGGGGUCUACUGAGGACCCCACCAACACCACCAGCAGCCGGCUGGGAGAACCUGAGAGGAACCGCUUCACAGUUAAGGAGGUACCUGAGAGGAACCGCGUCACAGUUAAGGAGGAACCUGAAAGGAACCGCUUCACAGUUAAGGAGGAACCUGAAAGGAACCGCUUCACAGUUAAGGAGGAACCUGAGAGGAACCGCGUCACAGUUAAGGAGGAACCUGAGAGGAACCGCGUCACAGUUAAGGAGGAACCUGAGGAAUGGGAUGCUAAUGCGCUAACGUGUCGAUUUGGGACCGAAGCUGGAGAAUGCCAUUUAACACCCAGGGAGGAACCGGAGAACGUGGGCAAACUGGAUAACAUGGAGGUAUCCAAGAACUUGGUAGUAAAACUGGAGAAUGUGGAGGUAUCUAAGAACUCGGUAGUGAAGCUUGAGAAUGUGAAUAUGUCUGAGGACAUGGAGGUAAAACUUGAGAAAAUGGAUGUACCUGAGGACGUAGAAGUGAAACUUGAGGAGAACAUGGAUGAGCCUGAAGAGAUGGGAGUAAAACUGGAGGAGGACAUGGAUGGAUGGGGGAGACCAGGAGAGGAGGAGCAGGAGGAGGAACCGGAGUGGAUGCAGGAACCGGAACGGUGGACUAUCGUGAACUCUGUGGCGGGUGGGGAAGAGGAGGUGGUUUGGGAGCUGGUUCUUGGAUUGUACACUGCUGACAAUCACUAUGAGAAGGGGCAGGACAUUAAAGUGGAGGUGGUCAAUGGAGAGGAUCAGAGGACUGAGGAGGAGGAGCAGAAAGAGGAGGAGAGGGAGGUGGUGGAGGAGCAGGAAGAGGAGGAGGAGGUGGUGAACGAGAAAGAGAGGAGUGAGGACAUGGAGGUGGGGAAGGAGAAAGAGAGGACUGAGGAGGAGGAGGAGGUGGAGAGCUUGUGGUGUUGCCCUGUGUCCUCAGAUGAAGUGUCGUCUGAACAGAGUGGCCCUGACACAGACAGCGUCUAUGCACCCUCCCGUAGGACCUCCUCCUCUUCGUCCUCCUCUUCCUCAUCACCUUCGCGCAAAACACAAGAACCACCCAGGGGCCGACCCGGCGGUGUGGUCCUGAAACUGAGGAAAGUCUCGAACAGCGGUGGAGGGCCCGGGACAGAGACACUAUACCAGGCCGUCAGCAACCUGACUGAGCCCAGCGAAGAGGGCAGGAGUAAGGGGGAAGACGGGAAGGGGAGACACCGCCACCACCACCACCAUGGGACCAAGCGGUGGAAGAGGAUUCGAUCCAAGACACCCCAAAAGCACAACAAGGACCGUACGACAAAGGAGCACAAGAGAGAUCGCCGGGACAAGGGUCGACAGCGGGAACGAGAACGGGAGAGGAGGAGGAGGGAGAGGAAGAAACGACGCAAGGAGCGGAAUCGCUCCAGGAAGAGAGAGCGGAGGGAGAGGAGACGAAAACGACUCCGGCGAGCGCGCAUCUUGUCCUCCUCCUCCCCCUCCUCUGAAGAUGACGACCAGUCCACCCCUGGCCGCUCAUUGCGUGACCGGGCCUUCCAUGGCCGAUCGUCCCACGUCCAGUCUUCCCACGACCGGUCGUCCCCCUACAGGCGCGCCAAAGCCCCCAAGAUCCGCUACUGCCCCUACCUGUCCACCUGCCACCGUUCCGACCACCGGCGACGCUGGGUCCUGCGCUCGGCCGUGCAGUCAGCCCGCCGGGUCAUGCAGCAGAACCACAACCAUAGUGAUGACCACCACAGCCCCAGCCUUGGCCCGGGCCUCGGCCCGGGCCCGGUCCCCAGCCCAAGCCCCAGCCCAAGCCCUGGCCCCAAUCCUGUCCCCAAUCCUGGCCCGGGCCCCAGCCCCAGCCCUCCCUUACCAGACCUGGUGGGAAAGCGCAUCCGACACCUGUACGAGGAGAAGGACAAGUCGGAGGUGUGGUACCGCGGGACGGUACUGCGCGUGCACGAGAGCCACCCCAACCCGCUGAAGACGGUGUUCGAGGUCCAUUACGACAGCGAGCCUGAGUGGCAGUACUACCUGGAGCUCCUCCUGGACUACCAGAAAGGCUGGCUCAAGCUCGAGCACUUCUAGCAAUGCAAAGCAAACACCUGCUGGCCAAGGUGUGUGUGUGUGUGUGUGUGUGUGUGUGUGUGUGUGUGUGUGUGUGUGUGUGUGUGUGUGUGUGUGUGU